UUGCUAGUUGUGCGGGGUGAAGUGGGGCUCGCGGUUGGUAUACUGUGCUUCAGUUGCGUCCAGGCAGACAGAGUGACGAUACGCGCGCGCGGCUCUUCGAGCUAUAACUACGGAAAAAUCUGUGACAAAAUGCGACAUUAUCGAUGCUCAAAAAUAAUUUCGAUGGUGCGAUCAACCAGUUCUUCCCAGGAGUCAAACCUGAACACCAAUUAUUAUGAGCUGCCUUUAUCUACUACGAACGAAAAUAACUCUUUGAAUAAUGCGGAUCUUCAUAACAGCUCAGACAGAAUCCUGGAUUUUGAUUCCGAUGAUUCAUUUUUUGAUAAAAAUUAUUUACCCUCAAGUUUAGAUCAGUCAAAAUGUUCAGAAGAUCCAGAUUCUUCUACAAAUACCAUACCCCAAUCACCGUCAAUUAACGUCACUGUUCCUGAGUCACCUGAAGUCUCAAGCGACGAAGAUACGCCACAAAAUUUCACAAAAAAGGGGACUAUCAGAAAACGUAAGAAGUAUGAUGAAUCACCGGCGCAGAGAAAACAAAUUAAAAAACUGAAAGAUAUGGAAUCUAAAUAUAAACUUAAGCCAGGGUGUAAUGAUGGAUGCAAAAAAAAAUGUCAUACACAGUUUACAGAAGAAGCACGACAAAACCUAAACCAUCACUUUAGAAACAUGUCUUGGAAAGAGCAACAGUAUUUCAUAAUAAAUAACACAUCCAAAGAAGAUCCUAAGAGAAAAACCGUUAAAGAAAACAGAAAACUGCCAAGAAACACGAGAGCACGCUCCAAAUAG